UUUCUCAUCGGCAACAUGAUGGAGCUGACACACGAUCAUCUGCCAAUUCACCUCACCAAUUUGGCAAAACGCUACGGGAACAUUUACAGGCUGAAAUUGGGAAACUCAACCAUGGUGGUACUUAACAGUAGUGAAUUUAUAAGAGAAGCACUGGUGAAGAAAUGGUCUGACUUUGCAGGGAGACCAAUCUCAUACACGGGUGACAUUGUGUCUGGAGGAGGGCGCACCAUCUCUCUUGGGGAUUAUAAUGAGGAGUGGAGGGCCCAUCGGCGUCUCGUCCACAGCACGUUGCAGCGCUGCUGUCAACAAUCUUUGCAUAACGUGAUCGAGAGACAGGCCUUGUUUCUGAGAAAGGUUUUGAUGGAUUAUCAAGGAAAUGCUGUGGAUCUCUCCGAGGAUUUCUCAAUGGCUGCCAGUAAUGUCAUCACCACUUUGGCUUUUGGAAAAGAAUACGAGAAACGUUCCUCAGAGGUGCAUGAGCUGCACAACUGUUUGAAUAAAAUAGUUGCUCUGUGGGGCUCGCCCUGGAUCACUGCUCUGGACUCCUACCCACUGCUCAGGAAACUACCAAAUCCAGUAUUCUCCCGGCUCCUGAGAGAGGUGGCCACGAGAGAUGAGAUUAUAAAACAACAUAUCAACAAUUACAAGUCACAAGACAAUAAGAGCGAGGGCGCCAUCACAGGGUCCCUCCUCCAGGGCCUCGAGGAACAGUGCAACACAGAACAAGGAGUGCUCCUCACAGACACUCACGUGCACAUGGCCACCGUGGAUCUUCUCAUCGGGGGAACGGAGACCACCGCAGCCUGGCUGAACUGGACUGUCGCCUUCCUUCUGCACAGGCCCGAGGUGCAGACCAUGGUGCAUGAGGAGUUAUGCACAGUACUGGAGAGCCGAUAUCCCAAGUACACUGACAGGAACAGACUCCCCGUCCUGACCUCUUUAAUCAACGAGGUGCUCAGGCUGAGACCAGUUGCCCCGUUGGCGGUGCCGCACAGAGCCAUCAGAGACAGCAGCAUUGCAGGUUACUUCAUCCCUAAGAACACAGUCAUCAUUCCAAAUCUUUUUGGAGCUCACCAUGAUCCCGCAGUGUGGACUGACCCAUGCAGCUUCAGACCAGAGCGCUUUCUGGAAGGAGGAGGAGGCUCCACCACCCGCUCCCUGGUGCCUUUCGGAGGGGGGGCUCGGCUCUGCCUGGGGGAGUCUGUUGCCAAAAUGGAGCUCUUUCUGUUCACGGCCUAUUUGCUGAGAGAUUUCCAAUUUGUCCUUCCCGAAGGCGAGGCGUCUCUGCCCGACCUGAGAGGAGUCGCGAGUGUGGUGCUCAAGGUCAAGUCCUACAAAGUUAGAGCACGUCUAAGACCUGUGAUUGAUCCCUGAGGG